AUACUAUGGAUAUUUGGAUCGAUCCGCCCACCCCUGCCGGUUUCUUUCCACGAGUCUAAAGACAAGCAGUCAGAAACACUGCAUGUCCACAAACAAUGAUGAAGUGCGCUUAGCAGAGGAGGCCAGCAAGAAAUAUGGAAGUCCUGCAUUAACUAUAUUUUCCAAAGUAAUUGACAAAACAAUUCCUGCAGACAUCAUUUAUGAAGAUGAUAAGUGUCUAGCAUUUCGUGACAUCAGUCCCCAGGCUCCUGUACAUUUUUUGGUAAUCCCUAGGACUCCUAUCCCGAGGAUUAGUGACGCACAUGAUGACGAUGCACUGCUUCUUGGUCACCUCUUGAUUGUAGCUAAAAACCUGGCAAAGAAGGAAGGAUUGGGUGAAGGAUACAGAUUAGUGAUCAAUGAUGGGAAAAAUGGGGCUCAGUCUGUAUACCACCUGCACAUUCAUGUCCUUGGAGGGAGACAGAUGCGUUGGCCUCCAGGCUAAAUUCACCCCCUUGUAAUGUAAAGCUAAUGUUUUCUAUUGUAGUACUUAACAGUGACUUAAAAUAUUUACAGUCAAAAAUAUAAAGAAUAAAUAAAAAAUGUGGAGACCUUUAAAAGAAAAUGGUCAAUAUGACUCUUUAGUAUUACUUUACAGAUGAGCAGAUUGAAUAUUAUUGUCACAAAUGGACAGAUUGUAAUUCCUUUUGGUUUUAAAUAAAAGUAUAUUUUCCCGAUA